AGCGGUAGUCUGUAGCUGUCGUACUGGCUCUGACCGAGGGUUUGGCUGCGUUUGCUCAGCACGUCAGCUGCUUCCAGCCCAUCUCUCGCAGUCAGCGGCUCCGUCCCUCCCUCCCUCCAUCUGGCUCCAGGAGCCGCGAUCGUGCCUUGACCGUCAGAAGCCGGCCAUCCUCCUCCUCCAUCCCUGUCUUCGUUUGAUGGUGUGCGGCUCACCUGCAGAGAGCCUCCCAUGCCCUUGAGCAGAGUAGCCAUUAUCUGAUCUGCCUGUCAUUCACCAGCCAGCCUCGCUGCAAGGGCAUCUGGACACCGCUCCUAAUUUGCAGAUCCAUUUUGGAGGUGCUGAUGAUGGAGGGAGGCGCUUAUGGAGCCGGUAAGGCUGGAGGAGCCUUUGACCCCCAGACUUUCAUCCGGCAACCUCACACUGUCUUAAGGAUGGUGUCUUGGGUCUUUUCCAUUGUGGUCUUUGGGUGCAUAAUUAAUGAGGGAUACAUUAAUAAGGCGAGCGAGGAGGAGGAGCACUGCAUUUUCAACCAAAACCAAAGUGCCUGCAACUAUGGUGUGACAGUAGGGGUGCUGGCCUUCCUCACCAGCAUUCUGUACCUGGCAGUAGAUGUCCACUUUCCACAGAUUAGCAGUGUCAAAGACCGCAAAAAAACUGUAAUAUCUGACAUCGCUGUGUCUGGUCUCUGGUCGUUUUUUUGGUUUGUUGGCUUCUGCUUUUUGGCCAACCAAUGGCAAGUGUCUGAACCAGAGGACAAUCCAAUGAAUGAAGGAGCAGAUGCUGCCCGCGCAGCCAUAGCGUUCUCGUUCUUCUCCAUCUUUACUUGGGCGGGACAAGGUGUGCUGGCCUACCAACGCUAUCGUCUGGGCUCUGACUCCGCAUUGUUCUCUCAGGACUACAUGGACCCAAGCCAAGAUCAGGGGCCUCCUUAUCCCCCCUAUGCCAGCAAUGACGACUUAGAUCCUUCUGCUGGCUACCAGCAGCCUCCCGCAGAUGCCUAUGAUGCGGGCACACAGGGCUACCAGGCCCAGGAUUACUAAAGCACCUCCUUCAAUAAACUUUCAUUACCUGAUAGGCUAGCAACUCCUCAGUUUGCAAUUUGUUGCUGCCUUUCUGUAAGUGAAAGAUGUAAAAGAUUAUGUCCUUAUUUUUUAUGACCAGAUCCAGGGAAGGAUCUCUUCUUAUUUUUAUGUUGGUUUAUAAAUACAGGUUUAGGGUUAUUUUUUCUUAUUGUUUGUCUUUAGCUAUGUGCAAUUUUGCCAGGUUUACUCCAUAUCAUUCCUUGAGUCUGUAUUUCGGAAAUGGAGAACAAUUAUUUCCAAACCUUAUUGAAUUCUACUGUAAAUAAUAUCCUGCAGUUACUGGAGUGAUCAUGUGAGAUGUCCACCAGCUAUAUUGGAAGUUUUAAACAUUCCCAGGUUUAUAGAAAUAUCUAGAAUAGAGAACAUUAAAGGGAUUCUUUAGGAUUAAAUGAAAUUCACUGGAAAAAUACUGUAAUUUACAAACGCAGCGUCUGUCACACUAUUAUCCGUUUUGUUUUUUUAUUUCACUGUCCAACAGUUUUAGAUAAUAACACGUUGUGUCUUGGUCAUUAUUGUCUUUACAUAAUCUGCAGUCCACUAAUAAUCAAGGACCGGGAUAAGAAGAAAAAAUUUGGGGAGGGGGGAAAAAAACUAAAUCCUAGGGCAGAGAGGACAUAAAAUUUGGCAGCACUUCUGCCUGGUAAAACCUGGUAGUGAGUAUAAAGCGGUGCAGUUUACAUGCUUAUUUACAUCUGCAAUAAACAUCUAGCAAAAUUUCCUAAUCCUAAAAAACCCUUUUUAAUCACAACAAAGCGUUCACUUUAUGCAAUUUGUAAUUUAUGUAUUUUUAUUUUUAUUUUUUUGAGAAAGUAUUGAAAUAAUAAGACCAAGACUAAGUGUGUUUUCACUGUGUUUGUGACUAAAAGUGAAGGGAAUUUUCCGAGAUUUAUUUAUAAUUUUUUUUGGAUGACCUAUUUUCUGGAUAGGUCAGUAUCUGAUUGAUGGGGGUCUGACACCUGGGAACCCCGCCGAU